GUCAUCCAGAAGCUUCCCCCUGUGUACAGCUAGCUGCCUAUGAUUAGCCACGUCAUGUAAAGUUAGCAGUGGAGCCGUAGUGAUAUAUCUGGCAGCCUGGCUCGUAGUGUGAUUUGGGGGAGGACACUGAUUCAUUGACGGAGAGGGGGCGCUUGUUUCGGGGUUAGAGGUCGGCAGUAACCCGUCGGGAAGAUGUCAGACCUCGGGGACUGGUUCAAAAGCAUCCCGCUGAUCACCAGGUCCUGGUUCGCUGCUUCCAUCGCUGUGCCCCUCAUCGGGAAGCUGGGGCUGGUGGACUUCAGACACCUGGUGCUGAUGCCGGAGUACGUCUUCAGGAAGUUCCAUCUCUGGAGGCCAGUGACAGCCACUCUGUAUUUCCCGGUUACCCCUAACACCGGUUUCCUGUACAUGGUCAACCUAUAUUUCCUCUACCACUACUCCAGUCGGCUAGAGACGGGAGGAUUUGAUGCCAGACCUGCAGACUAUGUCUUCAUGCUCCUCUUCAACUGGAUCUGCAUUGUUAUAGUCGGGAUGCUGAUGAACAUGCAGCUCCUCAUGAUCCCACUGAUCAUGUCCGUGUUGUACGUCUGGGCUCAGUUCAAUAAAGACACCAUCGUCUCCUUCUGGUUCGGAACACGCUUCAAGGCACAUUAUCUACCGUGGGUCAUCUUGGCCUUUAACUUCAUCAUUGGAGGCUCUUUUGUGAAUGAACUGACUGGGAACCUGGUGGGUCACCUCUACUUCUUCCUCAUGUUCAAAUACCCCAUGGACCUGGGCGGACGCUCCUUCCUCUCCACACCAGAGUUCUUGUAUCGCUUUUUCCCCAACAGAAGGGGAGGGGUGUCGGGCUUCGGAGCCCCCCCCAGCAGGAGACCAGUUGCCCAGGAGCCGGCGGCAGGAGGUCGGGGGGGACGUUACAACUGGGGCGAAGGCUUCCGCCUGGGGGACGACUGAGAGGAGGCCACACCCUCCUCCUCCUUAGCUCCCAACGACAAACAGCCGUGCAGCUGAUGAUUGAGGUUAAAAUGUUUGCCUCUUCACAUUCUUCUCUGUUUGAGGGAAUGAAAAAAAAUGGAAUUUGAAGAAGCAUGCAUUUUAACUGAAAGAGCAGCACGUAGCAGGACCCGGACUCUGGCUGAAGGCUCAGUUCACCAUGAAAGCCAAUAAUACACUUCUGCGGUAGAGGCCAAGCAGAUAGAAGAGAACAUGAAUAAAUAGUUUGUUUUUGUAAUUUGAUGAUUCUUGAUCUCCCCUCCCCUUAUUCUUCUGCCUUUCUUUAUUUCACCUCUUCUCCACACACUGCCACUGCACUGUCGAGAUGAGAUGCUGCAGCUGCACACCAGCACGCUGCUGAUUUUGAUUCAUGUGUUCCUGUCCUCCGUCUCUCUCUAUGUUGCCAUAUCAGAUUACAGUGUAAUUACCAACGCACAGGGGCCGCACUCCCUGUCGUCCCCCCACAGAACAUAAAGCUACAGAGAUGAGUACUGUUUCCAGGUCUGAAUGUACAUGGGUGUAAAAUGUUUGUUGAAUCCCCUGUGGCACAGACCUGAUCUUUCUUCUGUCUUAAGGUGUCAUGAUCUGAACCAAAAUGAGGUGAAAAUGGGAGUUUGCUUUUUUUUGUAAAUAUAAAAGUUGUUCAUUGAAAGGGC